CUUUUUUCGGUUUUCUAAAGCCAUACUUGUGGAUUUCCUCUACUGUUCACACCUUCCUUCAUCAUCUUUCUCUCUCUAAAAACUUCCAACUUCUCGCCGGCGGUUCCACCAUACUGCAGUGGAUCUGAACUUUCUAGGGGUUAUUUCUACGGAUUCCUCUUCUCGGCGACAAAGAUAGAGAGAAGAACACGACCGAGGCGUUUCGUGAUGAAAUGGUUGAGGGAAAGGUUUGUAUGUCUAGAGAAGCUAGAUUAGAAUAUUUGAAGAGUAAAAGACUUCAGCGAUUUAAUUCAGAGAAUUCACUGAUGCUAUAUGUGUCAGCAACAUAUGAAUCGAAGUGGAGGGGAUUCCUUAAGGGGUCCUUCUCCAUGUGGUGUAAGAUUACAUAAAAGUGCAGACUUUUCUCAAUCAGCAGGAGUCAAUGAGAAUCGUGUGUUUCCCAAGUGUGAUGUUUCUAAGUUUGACCUAAACAGUCUUGAAUGGACAGAAAAGAUUCCAGAGUGUCCUGUCUACUAUCCAAGUAAAGAGGAAUUUCAAGAUCCCUUGAUUUAUUUGCAAAAGAUUGCUCCCGUGGCCUCUAGAUUUGGCAUAUGCAAGAUUGUUUCCCCAUUUAGCGCUUCUGUGCCUGCUGGAAUGGUAUUAAUGAAAGAGAAAGUUGGUUUCAAAUUUAAAACUCGAGUGCAACCUCUUCGUCUUGCUGAAUGGGAAACUGCCGAUAAGGUUACUUUCUUCAUGAGUGGAAGAAGUUACACCUUCCGAGAUUUUGAGAAGAUGGCAAACAAGGUUUUUACUCGUAGGUAUUGUAGUUCUGGAUGCCUUCCAGACAGUUAUAUGGAAAGAGAAUUUUGGAAUGAAAUAUCUUGUGGGAAGACAGAAAGUGUUGAAUAUGCUUGUGAUGUUGAUGGUAGUGCCUUUUCAUCUUCUCCUGAUGAUCAGCUUGGAAAAAGCAAAUGGAAUCUGAAGAAACUUUCUCCUCCCAAAUCUAUCCUUCGUCUGCUAGAAACAACAAUUCCGGGAGUUACUGAACCGAUGCUCUACAUUGGAAUGCUGUUCAGUAUGUUUGCAUGGCACGUAGAGGAUCAUUACUUAUACAGUAUAAAUUAUCAUCAUUGUGGGGCAGCUAAAACUUGGUAUGGUGUUCCUGGUCACAUGGCAUUAAAUUUUGAAAAUGUGGUAAAGGAGCAUGUUUAUAACCGUGAUAUUCUGUCAUCUGAUGGAGAGGAUGGAGCGUUUGAUGUUCUUUUGGGGAAAACAACAUUAUUCCCCCCAAAUAUUUGGGACCACAAAGUUCCUGUCUACAAGGCUGUACAAAAGCCGGAUUUUGUAGUUACCUUCCCUAGGGCAUAUCAUUCAGGAUUUAGUCACGGGUUUAAUUGUGGUGAAGCAGUUAAUUUUGCAAUGGGAGAUUGGUUUCCCUUAGGUUCAGUUGCUAGCCGACGUUAUGCUCUUCUUAACAGGAUACCUCUCCUCCCACACGAAGAACUAUUAUGCAAAGAGGCUAUGCUGCUUCACAAUAAUUCAUCAUCAUCCUCGUUAUCAUCGCCAUCAUCUUUGGAUUUAAUACAUCAUAAAGUAGUUAAAGUUUCAUUUGCAAAAUUGAUGAGAUUCCAGCAUCGAGCACGAUGGUGUCUUAUGAAAUCAGGGUCUUACGCUGACGUCUCUACAAUUUCCCACGGAACUGUUCUAUGCAGCUUAUGCAAACGCGAUUGUUACGUAGCGUUUCUCGAUUGCAGUUUUUGCUUACUCCCUGUAUGCCUUCGACAUUCUAUAUCUAGCUGCCAAUGUGGGAAGAAGCUUACUCUUUAUACAAGGGAAGAUAUUGUGGAAAUGGAAGAUGCAGUCAAGAAGUUUGAACUGGAAGAGGAUGUGAUAUCUGAGAUUCAACCGCCGUUUAGAGACAAUAACAAUGAUUACUUUGAUUUAUUGAGCAAAUUCCCAAAUGCUGAACAAGAUGGGUAUUCUCCUUAUUGUGAGAUCAAUAGUACUCGAAGCUCUGGAAAUGAUGCUCUGGAUUCUUCUCAUUGUUCUUCUGCAUUAACUCAUUGCUCUAAUGGUCAUGCUAACUUGAGCUUAGGAGACAAUGGAUCAAAAGUGUUAUCAAAACCUCCCAGGUCUCAACAAAGUUAUCAAGAUUUGGAGAUUAAACCUCUCACAAAUCAAGAGAGUGACGAGUCUGAUUCAGAGAUGUUCAGGGUUAAACGUCGUUCUUCACUUAAACUGGAGCAGAGAAGAAAUGCUAAUGAUUCUCUACUCACAAGACUCCAGCAUCAGGAUGGGCAAAAAAGACUAAAAGGACUACAAUCAGAGGAAAGAGUCGAUCGACCAAUGAUGGGCUCUACAAAAAAUGACCCAUUCUUAAGCAGCAGUAGUUCUAGAGAAUACCUCAAUAGUAGGAGGGACAAGAUUCCGAGACCCAACAUUCCAGUCUCGAUUAAAUUAAAGAGAAUCAAAGAGGAGGAGAAAGAAGAGAUUGGACCAAAGCGCGUAAAAGUCAGAGGUCUAACAGCUUUAGGGUCGAAGAUUUUAGGUUGAUAGAAUCUGGAAAUGGAAUUAGUCUGAUCUAACACAACAACUAAAGGAAAUAUUAUUCAUUUUGAGGAGCAAAGCAGCAGCAGCAUAUUGAUAUGAUGAUCAUUAACCCAAGUUUAGGUAAAAAAAAGAAGGAAAUUUGAUUUAAUACAUUCUUUAUUUGCAGGCAGGCCUCUCUUGAUUCUUAUUAUUGGGAGGGUUCUCAAGCUGGGGUGUUUUUCAGUCUUUGGCUGGAAGCCCUUUCUCCUUUUCUCGCAAAAGCAAGCAGAUCGUAGAAUUUUUUUGUUUUUCCUCGGGGUUUUUUAGUCGUAAAGUUUGAUGAUGUAAAAAUAUCAUCACCCAGUUGUUUAUCUACUACCUAACAGUCUUAAAAGAAAUCCCACAUGAUUCUUAUCUGAUUUUUCUAGUGUUAUUUCAGUCUUAUUGUUCACACGUUUUGUCUGCCUCCUCUGUUUCUAAUGUUAAUUGCCAUUCUUUUUGUACCAAUUGGUUUCUUGUACCUUUUCAUGACUUUAAUCAAAGGAAA